GUUGAAGGACAAAAUGAAUCAACGUACCAGCCAAACUCUGAAAUCUUUCAUUUGAACCCCAAACCAGAAGUGCUCCAACAAAACGAUGAAAUAUCAUCCGUUGGUCUAAACAACGACCCAUUUUUUCUUAACUGUCUGUUAAGAGAAGGCAAGAGGAUAUUUAAUCAAGAGAAGGAGGAGCCAGUAGACAAAUCGAUGUUUAGUAAGUCUGAAAGUACAAAUUAUUUUCUAGUUAGAAGACCCAUGAUAAAUUAUUAAAACCUAAAAUAAAAAUCAUCUUUUUUGCCAUUUCAUUAUUGUAAAAUAGAAUGCCCUAUGGAAUCAAAAGCUGGAUUUGUUUUUAUGGGAUGCAGUUAAUUAUGGAACCCACCUGGCUUCUUUGGUAUUGUUGAUAAUUCUGCUCUGAUCGACGUACCGAACGAAAACAGUACAUAAGCUGGCAUGCGUUAACUGCUUUCUACUUUUUUCUUGAUUCAGUAUUAAUUGUUACCGCACCUCACCAGAUGUUGUUUAGUACUUCCAAAACCAAAAACUGACCACCUGAAGCGUAGCUUUAGUUACAGUGGUGUUCUUCUUUUGGAGAAGUUUUCAUAGAUGAAUUUCAAAUCAGUACUUUCAAACGGCAGCAAAGUUGACAUACUUCCAGUUGUAGAGUUUUAUUUAUUUUCCGUGUUAGACUGAUAUUUUUAGCUGUGUUUUAUUUCAUUUUUUUUUAUUCUUUCAUUUACUCGUUCUUGUGAAAUAUAAUUUUUAGUUUUUGUUUGUUUGUUAUGCCAACGAAGUCAUGUCAAUUCAUUAGCCAGUUUUUAUUAUUUUACAAAUCACAAAAGAUAUUUACAAAACUAAAAAGAAAGUUAAUAUAUACAAUAGUGUUUAAAAAAAUAAUUGGAUGAAUGCAUUAAGUAAAAAGUAAAUAAAUAAAUAAUAAUAAUAAUAAUAAUAACACCCGCGAACCGUACCGUGGAAAGAAGAUUCAUAAUAACUAUCAGCAAUAAAAAUUUUAUGAUCUUACCCUAGCGCAGCUUUUCUUUUUUUUCUGUAUUAAGUAACUUCCCUGCUCAGCACUUUUUUGCAGGCUACAAAACAACCAAUUGCAAAUACAUCGAUCUGCAUACAGGGGCUGGGACAUUUCCAAGGCUUAAAACUCUGGCGUUAUACCUCUUCUCUCUUAGCUUAGCUUGCCUCUAAGAAGAAGGCUUUGGCAGUCUACUAUGCCUCUUUGCGAAUUCAUUCUAGAUAUUUCUAUUUCGAUGGCAAAUAAAUUCCUUUAUUCCCCUCCUUUUUUUCCCUCUGUUUUAAUGAUUUCCUCACUCCUUUUUAAAUUUAUAUGUGAAGAUCACUCGACCAUCAUUUUAUUUCUGACAUGUGUUUCGGUUUAUUCUCGCGAAUCAUCGGAGCAGCGGAAUAUUAUACCCUCGUUAGAAGCUGUUAACUGUUUUCUGUAUUAGAUUUUUCUCAAGUUCAAGUUCGAGUUCAUUUAUUCACACUUAUUCAAUUGCAAUACAACAACAAUAAGAAAAAACAGACGUAAAAACAGAGCUAACUAUACAUUGAAUUAAACAUAACAAAGUAAAAAAGUGUGUAGCAGCCAAAGAAGCCAAGCUUUCGAGUUGGCUACUACCACAGAGCGGUUAGUAUACAAGUGGCUGAAGGUUAUACAGUAAUUAUAAAAAACGGUUAAACUCUCCACGCGUUUAGAACUCCGCCCGCCAUCAGUGGUCGCACGUGUCUCUUUCCUCCGCAGAGGCCUCUUUGUGUCGUAGGGAGACUGAGGAGAAACAUCUAAAAAACAUCUCAGUCCUCCACUUUGAUUUACCUUUUGAAAGGGUCGCACGAAAAGGGAAAUCAGGCCUGUUUCAAGCGUCGUGCUACUGCCGUGCUAUGCUGGCUCGACUGCAGUUCGACUGCAGCACGAUACUACACGACUUGGUUUCAGACGACGAAUUUAAUUCAGUCAAAUAGAACGGCUGUUACCGAAAACAAGAAUAAAGAAACGGUUAAGCAACUUUUAAGUGUAUCUAAUGUAUUUAUAACUUAUGAAUUGAGUUCGGCACGGUGGUAGCUAGCACGACGUUUGAGCAUGUUGAAACCAAGUAAAGCUGCUGUUGUGUAGCACGGCAAGGCUUCCCGUGCUACACGGCAGUAGCCAACUUGGUUUCAAACGUCGCGCUACUGCCGUGCUAAAGUCGAAUUUAAUUCGAUCAGUUGAGUUCGGCACGGCAGUACACGACGUUUGAAACGGGCCUCAGCCAUUUUGUAAACAUCUAUUUCAGUGCUUCCUUGUUCCAGUCUUCCUUGGAAAUCCAGCGCCAUCUUGAAUAUAUGGCAGAGGCUCCCGCCUUUCCCCUCUUCCCGUCGUCCCCCGCACGCUUUCUAUUUUUCCAUUAUUACUAUUUUUAUUGGGAUACCCAGGGGGAGCCUCUGCGGAGGAGAGAGAACUUUUACCAUUUUCUGGCACUGUGUAUCCAUUUAUGACGCACUAUAAAUCAGGCACAGAAAGCAGAUCCUACUUCUACAAUACGGGCUAUUCAGAUUCCUCACUUCAGAAACUCUAAUGAGAAUGGGUACAAGCUUUGAGCGCAGUGAUUUCUGGGGCCGUUCGAGUGAGCAAGUAUUAGUUAUGAUCGGUCGAUGGUAUUCACAGCAACCAUUAACCAUUAAAAGAAACGCUUGUCCACCCAAGCGAUCCCAGACCAUCGUUGUACCAAAAACCUCACAGUUUCUGGAGGGUUGUGACUAGAAUGGAUGCCUCAAAAUCAUCUUGGACACCUUAUGUUUAUUACACAACGCUAUACGCUAUUCCACGCUAUACUACAUAUUUUAAGCGAAUUUAUUUAUUUGUUUAUUGGGCAGGAGAACUUUUAGAAAAAUGGGGAAAUCAGAGUAGGAGACUCUUGUGUAAGGAAAAGAGUUGAAUACAGGGUUUAGCACCGAAGUACAGUGAUUAGGGUUAAGCACUGUGUUAAAACGGUUAGCUUUCGUUGAUGUAAUGAACAAUGCCACGCAAAGUACUUUAAAAUUAAUUGGUGUCGGCAGUUAGCCUUUGAUGAUGUAGUGGAUACGAAUGUGGAUUUUACAUCAAAUGACGUGGGUUCAAGUCUUACAUACUACCCACCUGUUUUCUUUCUUCUCUUAUUUACUACUUAAAGUUGUCAGACUCCUAUCAUGUAUUUUGAGUGAAGAUGACAAUCUGACUUUGGGGUAUCCAAUCUAGUCACAGCCGUUUCUGGAGUGGUAAAUUGGACACGUAUAUGUCGUUUGCACUUACAUUUUGAAAUAUAAUUGCCUAUUCAUUUUUUCAUGCACUGGUUCAAUAAACAAGCGGCAAUAAGUAAAUAAGCACUUGAGUAGGCUUUUAUACAAUACAUAGCAUGAUUUAAGCUGUAUACCAGGCGUAAACAUCGACACAUGUCUGGCCUUUGUUAUCAAACUCGAAACAAUCGACCAAAUCUUCUGCGUACCAAAUUUGAAACUUUUGACCAAGCGAAACGUUUAAUGGGGGCAAAAGUUGGUUAAACACUAAUUCAGGAGAGUUAAUAUCAGUUCCCUCUAGACUAUACAUGUAAUAUCUUUCGCCACAUUUCCAUGUUUCUCUCGAAUAAUCGGCCAGCAAAAGGGCAGACUUGUUCGUAUACGUUAUAACAGUGGCCAAUUGCUUAUCCCCAAACACUGGGUGCUUGCAACCCCAAUGGGUUGGUUCUAUGAUCGAGAAUCCACAAGUGACAGAACCGUUCCUAUAAACCAGUUUGAAUGUAUUGACGAGUCCGCUUUUGUUGAUCGUGAAUGUUGCAUGAGUGUCGCCAGCAGCUCCAAAGCAAACUGGGUCUUCGUUGAUCUUUUUCCAGUUUUCUGAAAGUGAUGAACAUCAAUCCGUGAUAAAUUGAAUGUAAUCUUUUUUUUUUAAUUUAGAAAUUAAAUCUUGUCAUCCAAAAUAGCUGUAAUGUCCAAAUUUCUAACUUAACUUGAGGUUGCUUGACCCUCAGACGCACAGGAAGGGGAAGAGAGGGGUGGAUGCUAGCCCCCUCCCCCCCACACUUUGAGAUUUUUCUGAGUUUUUCCUAGAGGGUCAAACAUCAGCAGCUGAUUUUUGCAGUAGGUGUUCUCUUAACCCUGGCGUUCAUUCUAAAACAAGUUUAAAGAUGAUCACUGACUACGGUUAUGAGAAGGCUCUUACGAGAUAUGACGUCACAGGUAGCUGGUGGUCGAGCCAUUUUUGAAUAAGAAUGCAUUUUUUUCCAACUUGUUUCGACAAUUUCAGUUAAAAGUGUGGAUAAAAUGAAGCAGAGAACUUAAUAUUUUUGCGUUAUUUACAUGUCAAACACAAAAAAUUACCAAUUAUCUCCGUUUCUACUUGAUUUCUAACUCUUGGUAAAAUCCAAGAUGGCGACCAUGUUUGGUGACGCCACAGGCCUCCAACAGUGCCACCACCCUUAAAAUAUUCCAUAUCUUGUCGAGAAGAUGAAAGGCUUUCCAUUGAAGGUAAAUUUUUUUUGUAAUACUGCAACAUGUGAAAGACUUAAGGCAAGGGUUCUAUCACCGCGCCCCCCCCACCCUUGUACCACGGUGGGGAUAUUACUCUGUUUGUUCGUCCCGGGGUUAAGUGGGUGAUUCAUUUUGAUACUGUUGAUUUUUGUGUAAAGAAAUCUACCCAAGGUGAAAUCCUCGGUUGAGUGUCAGUGAAAUCUUUUAUUGGCUGGCUUUUAAUUCUUCAUUACUGUGAACGGUAGGCAAUAAUUUGUCAAACCACUUUUUUUAAAAAAUGUUUUACGGUCGUGCUAACUGUAAACGCCUGCCUUUAUGCCGCCACGGGCAUGAGCUUGAGCAGCAACGUGUUUGAACCAUGGACGUCAACCGAAAGUUGACGUUUUUCACUCUUGAGCCGUGAUUCUGAACGAAUUUUUGGUAAAAUAGUCUCUAUAUGGGUAAAGACACUUAGCAAUACAAAUUUGCUAGCGUUAAGGUAUAUUAAAAGAGAAAAAGGCUCACUUCCGGUUGACAUUCGUCGCGCAAAAACGUCACUUCUUUAUUUUUCGACAACUCGCAUUAUCAAUGUACAAAGUACCUGUACAUCGGUAUCUUUUAUCAGUAAAUCCUGUUUGACAUCUGUACCCCGAGGGGCAUGGGCUGCUUGAGCAAUAAUUCUGUUGGAAAAAUAAAAAUAGCAGGCAAUAACACUUUUUGUGAUACGAUGUACCACGUAAGUGUAUUUUGAAUUUUUUUUCUGAGGGUCUCGCGAGGCGAUCUUCUGUCGGUGCUACUUUCAAGAAUAUCUAACUUAUGAUAUCAAAAAUAUUGACGUUUGAAGAGUGUUUUAAGCAACAUUAACCCUUUUAUCGAAAAAAAUAUAAACCAUUAUGAACUAAUCGCAGAUUAUAGCCAACUCAGCGUCGCGCGUCGCUGGCUACCACCAUCUCAUAUCCAACAAGUGCGAGUGAAAUAACUGUUUUAUUAAAAACGCCCACAAAAUAUCGAGAAUUCCUCCCGACUCUAUUUGUAAAAACAACCGAUUUUCAGCUUGUUUUUAAUUUUGAGCAGACGCGUACAGUUACCAUAUUUGGAGAGCAUGGUAUAAUGGAUACCAUUAUGGCUAAGCCAAUCAAAGCUCUAGGAUUGCAUUAUCCAAUGAUUCAGUUUUUAAUAAAUGCGGAUACCGUUACUUACCCACACAGACUUAUAGAUGAACCCCUGUUGUUGCAUAAGAUCUUUAGGAUGUAUAUUGUGAUCUGAAAGACUCAGUUCACAUUUGUGCUGCCCCCCUUUUCGUUGUGGUCCGAGGUCGAUUGACAUGCAGUCAUCGUCAUCAAAACAGUAGGCUUCGCAUGCUGUUUCUGAUUGUACCAAUAAGGUCUUAGUCACGUGACCAACAAGUCUGCUUUGUGAUGUUGGAGGCUGGAAUUGCAUUAUUCUACAAUCAUCCAAUGAUGCUUUUGCUUCUAUUACAUGUUAGAGAGACAAGUAGACUUUGUUAAUAAAUGAUGCAUGAUAAAUGAAUUACGUCUACAGUAAACGAUAUCGUUGACAGAAGAAGAGGAAGAAGAAGAAUGGCAAGAAAAACAACAGCAAACAAGAACUAGAAGAAGAAGAGCAACAACAAUAAGAACGACAACAGCAAGAACUAAAUUGUAGAAGAAGAAGAAUAAGAAGAUGAAGAAGAAGAAGAAGAAGAAGGAAAAUUUAACAACAACUCCAAAACACAACCACAACUUCAACAACAAGAACUAGGAAAAAAAAAAGAGAAGCAAGAAGAAGAAGACGAAAAAGAAGAACAACAAAAAACAACCACAACAACAACAAGAGCUAAAGCUGUAGAAGAAGAAAAAGAACAAAAACAACAACAGCGAAAUCAAAAACAAGAACUAAAACUGUAGCCGAGAAGAAGAGAAAGAACAACAACAAGAAAAAACUGUAGAUCAGAGACGAAGAAGGACAGCAAGAACAAGAAGAAAAACUAAAACUGUAGUUGACGAAAAAGAAGAAGAAGAACAACAAGAAGAACUUAAUAGAAGAAGAAAAAAAAGAAGAAGAAGAAGAAGAAGAAGAAGAAGAAGAAGAAGAAGAAGAAGAAGAAGAAGAAGAAGAAGAAGAAGAAGAAGAAGAAGAAGAAGAAGAAGAAGAAGAAGAAGAAGAAGAAGAAGAAGAA